AAGCCACGCCUCGACAACAAGGUUGUUGAACAACAACAGCUUAUCGCACAGGUUAUAUUAAAAGAAAAGGAAGAUGAGCUUCUCAAAAGAAAACGCGAGCUUCCUCCUAGACUCAAAAAUGUUGACCGAUCCUCUCCUCUUUUGUUUGAAAUAUUUGCUAAUGGAUAUAGUGUGGUAAUAACAGAAUUCCGCCCAAAACCUCUUAAAAAAUCUGCGCCUUCUAUCACAGAUAGUCCCGUGCCUUCAAAUUGUUCUUCAUCCAUCCAGGGCCUCACUAGCACCCCAGUGGGCACUACUUCUGACCAGCUGUCGCCAGUUGAUGUAUGUGCUUCAAGAAAUCCGGAUGAUGAGGAUUAUGAUGAGAGCUCUACUCAAGGUAUCAAGGAUGCAUCUCUUCGUGUGGAAUCAAAACCCUUCUGUUUAUCUGAAGGUAGUUACUUGGGUAUCGACGAUUUUCGAAAAAAUGAUAGUUCAUGUUUUGAACUUCAUUCAACUCGAGUUCUACAUGCUGAUGAUACCAAAUCUAUUCCAUUCUCUAUUAUUUCUUCUUCUUUAGAGGUUAAACCUCAGUCGAAGCAAAUAAUUGACGUAUAUUCACUUGACUACAAAUUGCAAUGCAUAUCCGAUGACCUAACUUCGGCCACUUCUACUCAGGAUAUUGAAAAUAGAAUAGAAGAUCCUAGAUCUCCUCCCUUUGCCAGGGGGAAGAAUCCUCGACAUAAACGUCGAUGGGGCCGUCAAGAUUCCUUAAAUGAGCUAAGAUCAGAUUCAUCAGUUAGUGAUAAAGCACCGGCGAAAAAGCGUCCUAGACAGAGCAACUCCAUUAUUACUCUGGGAACUAAUGCUUACCAAGCAAGCAAAGAUAAAUCAGAGUUUACAGAAUUAAGAGGGGAGCAUAUUGAGGAUCAAUCAAUAGUUAAUCUUCACAAGAAUGAUUGUACAAAAUCCUCGUCUAUCGACUGUUCUGUUUCACCUCCAGCUUCAAUCUCCUCUGCUUUUUCCCAGGCAUCAUCCAGGUCCUCUAAAAUUGAUCAAACCAAUAAUGUAGCAGGCCUUAUCAGUAUCGUGAGUCAGAGUGAAAAUGAAGAAAUUGAAAAUACGAUGUCUGACGGUGCUGGCGAUUAUCAUCACUUUAAGGUUAGGCGCGAAAGCAGAAGAAAACGGGCAUCUUCUGAAGAAUCAUCCAGUGGACUUUCAGCUGCGACUACGUGUGAAACGAUGGCGCGAAAGCCUAGACAGUGUUUCUAUAGAAACCGCUCUGGUGCCAUGCGGGAUUCCAAAAACUUUGAAUCUAACAAUAAACGACUUAAUAUUCGCAAGUCCCGCCGGAUUAGCCCUGAGACGCACAGGUGCCACUCAAAACUGAACUCAUCCCAUAGUCUGAAAGAUUUAGCUGACAUUGAAGAUUCUUUUGAUCCUGAAUCAUCUAAGGUAAAAAGAUUGCCUUCUCAUUCUGAAUGUAAGAUCCAUUUACCUGCGCAGCCGAGCAAAGGGGUUCGAAGGCUACCCAAACAAGACUCUGGGAUUAACCAUGCAGGCGAUAACAUUAGGGCAGAAGAACCCGGGCCUGCUGCUAAGCCUACUCGAGAAAAACGAAAAAAACUUUCCGUUUCUUCCACCUCGCUUUCAUCUAAAUCGACUGAUAGGAUUACAACUUCUAACAUAUCUUUUGAUAAUAAAAGAACAGAUUGCUCAUUUACUUGGAUGACGUCUCUCGAUAUCGAAAAGGCUGGGUUUGAUUCUCCUUGUGAUCGUACUACGCUUUCCCCCGCCCGUUUUGGCUUAAUAAGUACUCCAUUUAGCUCAGAGGGAAAUCGUGAUCCGGGAUCCAAGCAAGAGAAGGUCAAC